AUGACUGAAAAUUUUGAUGACAUAUUUAGAAUUUUAGUGUGCACUGAUACCCAUGCAGGCUACAAAGAAAGGGAUAGGAUAAGAUGUAAUGAUUCGCUAAAUACUUUAGAAGAAAUUCUUAUUAUAGCAAAUAAUGAGAAUGUAGAUUUUGUUUUGCAUAGUGGUGACUUAUUUGAUAUUGCAAAACCAUCGAAAUCGACACUCUACAAGGUAAUGAACUUAUUUCGUAAAUAUUGUUUAGGAAAUAAAAAGAUCAAUUUUGAGUAUAUGAAUGAGAGGAGUGCACUUCAAUAUAGUGAACCUAACUGGCAGGGUGGAGAUGUACGUGUAAGUAUCCCUGUCUUUGCUAUACAUGGAAAUCAUGAUGACCCUGGUGAAGAAGCUAUGCUAUCACCUUUAGAUAUACUUGAAUCUGCUAGAUUUCUGAACUACAUUGGUAAGUCCAAUAAUUUAGAGGAUAUACAGGUAUUUCCAACAUUGAUUAAAAAGGGGAGAACAAAGGUUGCAAUAUAUGGUCUUGGAAAUAUUCGUGAUGAAAGGCUCUAUAGAUCUUUUGAAAGAGAUAAAGUAAAAUUUAUGAUCCCUGAUGAUCUAGAAGAAAGCAGCUGGUUUUCAAUACUUUUGUUUCAUCAAAAUCGUAAAAAAGGAAAUUUUGGAGGAACGCUUUCGAAAGAUUACAUACCAGAAUACUUUUUACCCGACUGUUUAGAUUUAGUCAUCUGGGGCCAUGAACAUGAAUGCAUAUGUGACCCAGUUGAAGUAGAUAAUAAAAGUUUUUAUUCAAUACAACCUGGCUCAUCUAUAAUAACGUCUCUUAUACAGGCAGAGAGUAUCCCUAAGCACGUUGUUUUACUAGAGGUAUGUGGAAAUACCUUUAAAACAAUGAGUAUUCCAUUACUUACUCCUAGGACAUUCCUGUAUAAAACAAUAACACUACUUCCCAAUAUCUGUGAUGUUGAAGGCUUUUUGCGUAAUAAAAUAGAAAGUUUAAUACUUGAAGCUGAAAAUGUGACAGAAGAAAGAUGGGGAGCUAGAACUAGUCAUAAAAGUAAGAUUUCUCAUUUACUUAAUGAAAAUAGCAUGAAUAAACUACCAUUAAUAAGAUUAAGAGUUGAGUACAGUAAUGAUGAUCAUCUUAUUAAUAUUCAGAGAUUUGGCUAUCAAUAUAUUGGGAGAAUAGCAAACCCCCAUGAAAUUCUAACUUUUUACAAGCAAACAAGACUCAAAAGUACUUUAAAGAAUGAAGUAGAAGAUGAUAUUCCUUUGUUAUUGUCCUCUAGAGUUGAUAUUUCUACUUCAGGCGAUGAAUAUAGACAAAUUGGAAAUUUGACUUUGCUAUACUUACAGAGACGUAGUGGUCUUGAAAUUUUAAAUGAGAGAGAUCUCAAUGAUGCCGUAUCAUCUUUCGUUCACAAACAAGAUAACACUGCUAUUGAAUCAUUUAUAGAUAAAUUUACCACUAGUAUUUAUGAAUUUGGAUAUGAAAAAUUGAGGAAUUCUAGUCCAGAAGAAGCUGUAAAAUUUUGGAAGUUAUCUCAGAACCAUAAAGAGCAGAAUAAAGAGAGAUGUAAGGACUUACUCUCUCAAAAUGAUACUGAUGAAUCUUUAGAGGUGAAUGAAAUACAAGAUGAACUAGAAAAUGCAUUUGCAACUGUAAAUUAUAAUUUCAAGAAACAAAGAAGGUAUCCUAGUUAUGAUACAGAAAGGAAAUCAAGAAGGACAAAUUCAAAAUAG